AUGUCUGACCGCGUAGGCGCCCCUACCCCAUCCAACCCUCUCCCUGCCGCGACCCAACCGCAAGCCCAAACACAGAAUGUCACGUCGGGCUCCCCAGCAGCUCAGAAUGUCGCAGCACAACAGAGUGACAAUGUUGCUCACGCGCUGGCGGGUGCCGGUGGAGGUUUACUUUCUAUGGCGUUGACGUACCCUUUGAUCACGCUGUCAACGCGAGCCCAAGUAGAGAAGAAGAAGGCUCAUACAGGCACUCUGUCGGCCGCCAAGCGAAUCAUCGACCGCGAAGGUGUGGUUGGGCUCUAUGCGGGCUUGUCGAGCGCACUUUUUGGCAUCACAGUCACCAACUUCGUUUAUUACUAUUGGUAUGAAUUCACUCGAGCCUUCUUCCAGCGAACCACGCAGAAGGCACGCCUGAGCACGCUCGAAUCAAUGGCCGCUGGAGCCGUCGCCGGAAGUGCUACGGUUCUCCUUACCAACCCCAUCUGGGUUGUGAACACCCGCAUGACCGCUCGCAAGGACGAGUCCCUUGACUCAGCAUUGCCGACUGCCGAGGGUGAUGCUGCAGCGCCUCGGAAGCCGAAGGCACCGAGCACCAUCUCCACCUUCAUGAAGAUCAUCCAAGAGGAUGGUUUCUUGCGUCUCUUCGCCGGUGUACUGCCGGCGCUUGUGCUGGUUAUCAACCCAAUCUUGCAAUACACCAUCUUUGAGCAGCUCAAGCAGCUCCUUGAGAAGCGACGCAAGGUUACCGCCCGUGAUAGCUUCAUGCUCGGCGCUAUCGGCAAGCUCGCCGCUACUUCCAUCACGUAUCCGUACAUCACUGUCAAGUCCCGGGCGCACGUUGCGAGCGGAGAAGGCUCGAAAGAGGGUAUGACUGCUAGCUUGAGGCGGAUCGUAAGAGAAGAGGGCAUUGGAGGCCUUUAUGGCGGUAUCGGCGCCAAGGUUACGCAGUCCGUGCUUACCGCUGCAUUCCUCUUUGCAUUCAAGGAUGUGCUCUACGAUGCGACCAUAAAGGCUCGCCGCACUAUCGCAAAGAGGGCGUAG